GGAAAGGUUGUACUUGUUUGUAUCAUGCGUAUUCGGUGUUUUAAUUUCUUUAGUUGGUGUACUCUAAAGGAUUUAGAAAAUAUUAUGACCAGCAAUAGAGGGGUAGCGCAACUGCCUCAUAUUGUUAAGACUUCUAAAAUUAUGCCGUGUAUCUGUGUGAAGUGUGAAACUUGAAUGUAUUGAUCAUAUGUGCGUUUUUUUCGUCUACCCCCUCGGUUAUUCUGAUUUCCUUACACAACCCAAAAGUCGUACGUGUUAGGAUAGUUGUUGGUUCAGAAUUGGUCUCGAGUUAUGUUUAUGUGCUUAAGUAAUUUUACUAAGUGUAUCAAAUUUGAAUUAUUUUUCAACUUAACGAUAAGUAAGCCAGUAUUGCGUAUAUUAAGGCAUGCCACCGUUAUUCAACCCUAACCCUUGUGGAUCACUGGUGUAAACGCCACUCGAAUAUAUAUAUAUAUAACAUGAAAUGGUAAGCGAUUUUUUACUUUUCUUGACAGUCAUUUAAUUACAAUAUAAUGUUGCAGUCUAGCAAAGCGUGUUUGAAAUUGUACUUUUUGAUAUAUUUUGUCUUAUAUCUGUAUCAGGUGUGUUCGCUGUCUAGAAGCGAGAUAGCAUUAUGAAGAAAAGAAAAUAUUUCAUACAUGACAAUCUUUGAUUUCUCUGAGAUUUUUCAGGCUAGUGCAGAAUGGAAAAACGUAUCUGGAUAUUUGCCUUGUGUAUGCUAUGUUUGGUCCCAGGCCAAGUAGCGGCAUUUUUUGAGUGGAUGAAGAGGUCUGUAACACCAGAUUCCACACCCACAGCUACACCCCCUGAUCUUUCUGCUGGAGGCCCUGCCUUUGAGAUGACCACUGCAGAUGAGCGUUUUCUGGCUGAGGCAAAACAUCUCGAACUAUCACCACUGGAGAGUUGCCACUAUAAGGUGGUUGUACAACUAAAGUCUUCAUGUAGCAGCCUAUCUGAAGAGGAACUAGGUAAACUGGGAGUGGCUCUGUUUAACUGUCAAGCAGCUGCAGAAGGACGUAGGACCUACUUGUGCACCCCAGAAAUGACACUUAAAGAAUGCACUGCAGAAAUGGACCCAGACACCUGGAAUGCUUAUCACAUAGUGAGCAAUCGAGCACGCUCUGUCUGCUAUGCCACCCGCCAUUUGCAGUUUAGGAAGAAAACGGAGAUGACAGUUAACUCUCUCAUCUCUACAGCAACCAAUCAGCUUGACACUAUGAAAGCCCUAAAGGAUGGUCAGAUGGAGCUGAAGGAGCUGACUAGUGCCUCUUUAGAUAAAGUUCUUAGCAGCCAAAGUUCCUUAUUAGAACAGCAGAGUGUUCUGAAGGAAGGCCAAAGUAAGCUGGAGACCUCUAUUGAUACCAACUUGGAACGUCUGGCACAGGAAAGAGCACUAAUUGCAAGUGGACAGCAGCUUGUGGCACAGCUCAUUGAAAAUAUAACUUGGCGCAUGGAAAAUGUAAGCAAGCAUUUGAAGGAUCAAAGUGUGGAUCUGGAAGAUGGACAUAAGACUAUUCUUUCGGACCUGGCAGAAGUAAGAAUUAGAGCCCAGGAAAUCUAUUCAAAAAUAGAGUCUAAUGCAGCAGGAUUUGUUGUCUACCAGAAUCGCACUGUACAUUACUACGAACAACUCAUGAGUAAUCUCCAGCGAAUGAAUACCACAUUGGGAAAUCUGGCUGAUUUCGUGGACUCUAUGCAUAAUAGCAUGGAACACCGGCUGCAGCACAUUCAGAGCUUCAUCAGUUGGGCAGGGUUUAACCUGGCAACAUUGUCUACCUGUAUCUUACAUGCUGGCUACUUCCUUUUGGCCGCUCUUCUCAUGUCAUUUUUGCAAACUCCUGGAUUUUCACGGGCAGUACUUCUCGUAUUGGUUGUCCUCAAUGCUUUGGCAGAACUCAACCACCAAACGGCAAUGGAUUUCCGCAGCUUGUCAGUCUUUUUGAUAAUUACAGCAAUUGGUAACUGGUUUCUCCUGAAGCUUGCAAAAGGGUAUGCAUUGUCACGCCAUCAGAGUAAACUGCCUGCUAUGCCUUUAACUUGCAGCACUUCUAAGUAUGAAACCAACUGUGAUGGAAUAUACUCAUCCACUCCAAAGGAGAAACUGUUCAAGGAAGAAAUGAAUUCUCCUUUAAUGGCAAUGGAACAGGACAGCUUUUUGUUUGAACAACCCCUCAUUAAUGAACUCUCAACACAAGUAGCUGAAGACGUGAUGACUAAGAAAAUGCGUCGACAGUCGGAAGGCUUGCCAAAUCACUCCACUCCUGUAUUGAAAAAGAGAGCGAGUCUUCCUUUGGUGACCCAAGAGGGCCUUCCCCAGAGGCAACUAGCUUCAUUACUUGAGACAGUGUCAGAAUUGAGAAAUACCAGUCUUAAUCAAUCUGUUGCCAGCAACGAGUCCACCUCUGGCAGAUAUAGGUGCAAUGGAUUUACAAAGACUGGGCAACCCUGCAAAAACAGAGUAGCACAGGGGCAGGAGUUCUGCCGUGUGCAUGAUUCCAUAAACACCUCCAAGAACACAUCUGGCUUGUAACACCUGAAGUCUUGCAUAGUUACGCAAUUCACUAUAUAUAUAUUUUUUAUUUUUAAAAUCUCUUCUAGGGUAGCAUUCAAUGAGCUGAAAACCGUUCUGGUCAUUUUGUAAACGGCCUCAUUGGAGUCCUGCAACCUUCAUUAUAGGGUUUUACUUGGAUUAUGACCUUAGUUGUUAAUUCAGAUGGGCUGUUGAGCAGCAUCCUUUAUCUGGCAUAAUUUUACUGAAAGCUGACAUUUUGUAAGAAGAAAUUUCAUACAGGUUUUGUAUAUUACUUAAAAUAAAGUCUUUAGUAUUUUAAGUUUGUCAAGUAUUCAUUUAAGUGUAGUUACAUGGAUUUACUGGUAUGAAUAUCGGAACUGAUUGUGCCAAAAAAAUUGAACUGUCUGUUUUUUACUAAAUCCUGCUAAAUUUGACUUAAGGUUCCUCAGAUUGUGAUUAUAAAAGUAGUUGGAUUUAAGUCUAUGUGCAUGGAAAGAGCAAACAUACUGUAUACAGUAAGUAGCAGAUGUUAUUGUAUUAUGAUGACAUGAUAAAUUAUAUGUACAAGUAGUCUAAAGCAGUUGGGUAAGAAGUCAGACAAAGGCUGUCUAGAAAGUAGAUUGCUUUGGGUGACAAGUGGAGAGAAUAAAUGUUUAAAAUAAGCACCUCUAUUCUUAUAGUGCUAUACACUGCAUGCAUUAAAUCUGGUGGGAUUUAUUUAUUUUAUUUAUACAAAAGCUUGUCCACGCUGUUUUCUGUGUGUGUAAAGCCCUAUUGGCACCAAUUACAGAACUUUCAAGUUUGAUCCAUUUUUUUUUAAUCAUUUAUUAUUUAAAUGAAUCUUCUAAUACUCUG